AUGGAUGUACAUUUUAAUCUUUUUGUAUCAAAUUUACAAAACAAUGCAUUAUCAAUACCAAAUUCACAACUUUUACUUAGAUUAAUAUCAAAUCUUACAAGUGAUGAUUCAAACUUUCCACCAAUCGUUCAAAAGGUAAAAUCAUUUAAAGAUAGAAAUGAAGCAUUCAGUAGAGAUCUUGCAAAGUUUAUUAGAAAAUCAAAAGAGAGUUUAGCAGAGUUAUCAAAGGAAUUGGAUAAGUUUGUUGAUGAUGAUCCCGUAUUAGUAGCGCAAUUAAAAGAAGAGUUAAAUACAAAUCAAAAGGAAAUGCAUAAUGCACUCACAAAGAUUGAACCAACAGUUACAUCACAAAUCAAUACAAUUAAAAAACUUUCUGAUCAUAUUUUCCCACCAACAGAGGAACUCUUUAGAAAAAAGGUUCUCGAAAGACUUGAGAAAAAUAAAAAUCAACAAGUUCCAAUUAGUAAAAAAUUAAGAUGCACUAUUUGUCUCGACAAUGAUUCCGAUGUUAUAAUUAAAAGAACUUGUAAACCACCAAGCAAUGGUAUACCAACUUGUGAACCUCCACCAUCACUCAUUGGUAGAAACAACUCAUCUUCACAAUCUUCCACUAGUGGUCCAACCUCACCACCACCACCACCAAGAAAUACAUUUUGUGAAAAAGCCUCAUGUAACUGUGGUCCAGUUACCUGUAUGGAAUGCGUUAUCAAACAUUAUUGGAGUUCAUCAAGUAAUGGUUUAAAAUCUUACUCAACAUGUCCAUGUUGUCGUGCUGAGUUUUGUACAAAAGAUAUUUAUAAAGUUGAAUAUAUUAAUGAUUUAGAGGAAAAACCAAAAGAAGAGGAAUCAAUUAAAGUUGAUAACGAAUUAAAUAGUAAUACCACAACUACCACCACAACUACAUCAUCAGCAUCAGCAUCAUCAUCAUCAUCAACCAAUAAAUCAUCAAGUAAAAAACGUAAAGAUGAUUCCAAUAAUUCAAAUGAUAAUAAAAGAUUCAAAGAACAAAAAGAUACCGAUAAAAAUUCAUUCCAAAAACUUUCAAAAUCCUCGAAAAAAAACAAAACAAGUGUAAAGAUAUCACAAGAUAAAAGUUUAGAACGUAAAGCCGACUCUGACGAUGAUGGUGACUCUGAAAAUAAAGAUGAAAAUAAUGACCCUAGUAGUAAUAGUAAUAAUAAUAAUAAUAAUAAUAAUAAUAAUAAUAAUAAUAAUAAUAAUAACAAUAAUAACAAAAAUUCAAAUCCUUUCAAAAGAUUAAUCUCUUUUUGGAAAUGA